AUGAAACAACAUGACAUGAAACAACACCACAUGAAAUAACACCACAUGAAAAAACAUGACAUGAAACAACACCACAUGAAACAAUGUGACAUGAAACAACGUGACAUGGAAUAUGACAUGAAACAAUACCACAUGAAACAACAUGACAUGAAACAACACCACAUGAAACAAUGUGACAUGGAAUAUGACAUGAAACAACAUGGCAUGAAACAACAUGGCAUGAAACAACAUAAUAUGAAACAGUGUCACAUGAAACAACAUGACAUCAAACAACACCACAUGAAACAACAUGACAUGAAACAACAUGGCAUGAAACAACAUAAUAUGAAACAGCAUGACAUGAAACAACACCACAUGAAACAACAUGACAUGAAACAACACCACAUGAAACAACAUGACAUGAAACAGUGCCACAUGAAACAACAUGACAUGAAACAACACCAUAUGAAACAACAUGACAUGGAACAACACCACAUGAAACAACAUGACAUGAAACAACGUGACAUGAAACAGUGCCACAUGAAACAACACCACAUGAAACAAUGUGACAUGGAAUAUGACAUGAAACAACAUGACAUGAAACAACAUGGCAUGAAACAACAUGAUAUGAAACAGUGCCACAUGAAACAACACCACAUGAAACAAUGUGACAUGGAAUAUGACAUGAAACAACAUGACAUGAAACAACAUGGCAUGAAACAACAUAAUAUGAAACAGUGCCACAUGAAACAACAUGACAUGAAACAACAUGACAUGAAACAACACCACAUGAAACAACAUGACAUGAAACAGUGCCACAUGAAACAACAUGACAUGAAACAACACCACAUGAAACAACAUGACAUGAAACAACGUGACAUGAAACAGUGCCACAUGAAACAACACCACAUGAAACAAUGUGACAUGGAAUAUGACAUGAAACAACAUGACAUGAAACAACAUGAUAUGAAACAGUGCCACAUGAAACAACACCACAUGAAACAAUGUGACAUGGAAUAUGACAUGAAACAACAUGGCAUGAAACAACAUAAUAUGAAACAGUGCCACAUGAAACAACAUGACAUCAAACAGUGCCACAUGAAACAACAUGACAUGAAACAGUGCCACAUGAAACAACAUGACAUGAAACAACACCACAUGAAACAACAUGACAUGAAACAGUGCCACAUGAAACAACAUGACAUGAAAACACCAUAUGAAACAACAUGACAUGGAACAACAGCACAUGAAACAACAUGACAUGAAACAACAUGACAUGAAACAACGUGACAUGGAAUAUGACAUGAAACAACAUGAUAUGAAACAGUGCCACAUGAAACAACACCACAUGAAACAAUGUGACAUGGAAUAUGACAUGAAACAACAUGACAUGAAACAACAUAAUAUGAAACAGUGCCACAUGAAACAACAUGACAUCAAACAACACCACAUGAAACAACAUGACAUGAAACAACACCACAUGAAAUAACAUGACAUGAAACAACGUGACAUGGAAUAUGACAUGAAACAACAUGAUAUGAAACAGUGCCACAUGAAACAACACCAUAUGAAACAACAUGACAUGGAACAACACCACAUGAAACAACAUGACAUGAAACAACGUGACAUGGAAUAUGACAUGAAACAACAUGAUAUGAAACAGUGCCACAUGAAACAACAUGACAUGAAACAACACCACAUGAAACAAUGUGACAUGGAAUAUGACAUGAAACAACACCACAUGAAACAACAUGACAUGAAACAACACCACAUGAAACAACAUGACAUGAAACAACAUGACAUGAAACAACACCACAUGAAACAAUGUGACAUGAAACAGUGCCACAUGAAACAACAUGACAUGAAACAACAUGAUAUGAAACAGUGCCACAUGAAACAACAUGACAUGAAACAACAUGACAUGAAACAACAUGAUAUGAAACAGUGCCACAUGAAACAACAUGACAUGAAACAACAUGAUAUGAAACAGUGCCACAUGAAACAACACCAUAUGAAACAACAUGACAUGGAACAACACCACAUGAAACAACAUGACAUGAAACAACGUGACAUGGAAUAUGACAUGAAACAACAUGAUAUGAAACAGUGCCACAUGAAACAACACCACAUGAAACAACAUGACAUGGAAUAACACCACAUGAAACAACAUGACAUGAAACAACAUGAUAUGAAACAACAUGACAUGAAACAACAUGACAUGAAACAACAUGAUAUGAAACAACACCACAUGAAACAACAUGACAUGAAACAACAUGAUAUGAAACAACAUGACAUGAAACAACAUGAUAUGAAACAGUGCCACAUGAAACAACGCUACAUGAAACAACAUGACAUGAAUCAACAUGAUAUGAAACAACGCCACAUGAAACAACACCACAUGAAACAACAUGACAUGAAUCAACAUGAUAUGAAACAACAUGAUAUGAAACAACACCACAUGAAACAUCAGGGGUCCGCUUCACAAAGCAGGUUCAACAAACUCUGAGUCUAAUCCUGAACUCUGAGUUGAUCUACUCUGAGAUAGGAAACUCUGAGUUUCCAGUUCCAGAACAGCUGAUUUGAAUCAGUUUAAUCAACUCGGAGUAGUUUCACUUGGAGUUAAGCGCGUGCACCACAACUAUAAAAAGCCAGCGUCAAUGGAGCCCCGAUUCGGGGCAACGCGGAAGAGAGCUGCGUUUUUCACCCCACUAGAAUUAGAAAUCUUAAUGCGCUCAUACUGUGAGUUUGAACACGUUUUCAAAAAGAAGUGCAACACCGCUGCAGCUGCAAAAGAGAGGGAGACGGUGUGGGAGAACAUUGCUGCUCGGGUCUUGAAUGGUAGCCUAUUAAUUUAUUUCAUUUAGGUGCAAUCCCGCGGGGGAGAGGCGCACUUGGCAGCAGUUUAGGAUGAAAUGUAAACACAUUGUUCAAACAGGUAAGACCUUGGCAUAAUAUCAUGGGGGUGCCUCAUUUUGAUCAUGUUUUACAUUGUAAAGUAAAUAUUAAGUGGCUGUUUGACUGUGCAGUUGUUUUAUCCCCAACAUAAUGCUGUUUUCACACACAUAAAUGUCUUCUCAUCUAUAUCAUGUUCUGUUAAAUAAUUAAGCCUAUUUAAACUAACACAGACUUCUACUCAGCCAACAGAAAGAAGGCAGAUGCCGUAAAACCAGCACACUUUUCUGACCGCCCUGCACACAGUUGCUUUACUCAAGUGCUCAGCAUCUCCGACAUUGUACAAAAAACUUCCAUUUGCAAAGAAACGCAGCGCAACACACAAUAUCUGCUGGGAUGUGAGAGCAUGACUAUGAUUGGUAAUGUUGCAAAUGUAAGGACGGAUUAGGUUGUGUGUGUAGAUGAUGGACUGUGACGUGAAACGGUACAGCUCAAAAAGAUAAUUGUGUGGAAAUGCUAGAACAUCUAUGCGCAGUCUGAUAACCAUCUCCCGACAAAUAUUUAAUUCUCUGCGCAGUAAUGCUGCACCUUCAUCCACGGGAUCGUUAUCAAAAGGACAUGCCAUGUUAGUGAAAAAAGUCGCCACCUACUGUGCCUGAUGGACUUCUAAUAUACUGACUCUGAUUUCUUUAAUGAUUUUUAAAUGACAGAUGGCAGAACUAGGCUACGCCAAAACUCGCCUGCUGACUGACUGAAUGAGGAAAUCAAAUGGAGUGUGUGGCUCUGAAAGAGGGCGGAGACAGAGAGAAACUCGAGGCUCAUUGAGAAAAACCUGGUCCCGACCAGGUUAGGUUCAUAGAGUCUGUUACUACGGUAACUGACCGAGAGCUUAAGUUACCUCUCUCUCUGAAACAGGCUAGAGUUACCCCUCUUUCUCUGGUUUGAGUUACCUCCCUUUCUGAAACGGAAUACUCAGAGUUUCCCUCAUUUCAAGGUUAACAGACUCUGAGUUUUCACUAAACCUGCUUUGUGAAACGGACCCCAGGAUAUGAAACAACAUGACAUGAAACAACAUGAUAUGAAACAACACCACAUGAAACAUCAGGAUAUGAAACAACUCUGACACGUCGACUCUGAUUGUUUAACAUGAAAACUGUUGGCGCUGACGUCGAUCAAUAAGCACCUGAGAGACAAAGUUAGGAUCUGUCCAUGUGCCUCCUUCACCAUCAUCAUCAUCAUCAUCGGAGCCCUGUUUAUCUCUGUUCCUACUCCCCAAAACAUGACACCCGCUCUAAAGCUCUCGUUACUCUGUGCCCCCUCCACGCCCCCGUCCCCCCUCCUCCAAUACACACCAAUGAAAUCCAACAAAUCCAAAACAUUUUCCAGUUUCACGCUGACGGG